CGGUUCUAUAGCAUUAAUGAAUACCGUACUUCCUUCAUAGUUUCACUCUCAUUUGAAAAAAUGAAUUUUCUUACAGCAUUAAAGGUAGCAGUUGUGGGUUAGGACUCAGAAAUUGGACUUCAUGGACUUGCCGGAGAAGCUUUUCUUUGCAGCAUUUCUCAUUCUUUCAGUGGCCAUUGAUGGGACGCAGGCAGAUACUAUGGUCACUGGCACUGUCUUCUGUGACCAAUGCAAAGACGGACAGAGAUCCCUUUUCGAUUAUCCUGUUAAUGGUGCAAAAGUAACUCUGUCAUGUGCUGACAGUAAUGGGCAAAUUAUAAUGUCAAGAGAAGAAACAACUAACUGGUUUGGAAGCUACACAAUGAGGUUCGAUGGCGCACCCGACUUGAGUGGGUGUUCUGCCCAUGUCUCUGGCAGUGGUCAGGGGUCAAUGGGUUGUGGUGAAGGAGCUGGUCCUUCACAAAGUCCUAGACUCAUGUUUAGAAUGUUUGAGAUGGAGAUGUAUACGGUGGAUUCUCUCCUUGCUCAGCCUGCCCAACCCAUGCAGUACUGCUCAACAUCUUCCAACCCACUGCCCCCACCUGUCACACCACCCAAGUCUCCUCCACAUUUCAAGCUACCUCCGGUGCCCCAACUUCCAACAUUGCCUCCACUGCCAUCACUACCACCUCUACCACCAGUCAUUUUUGCAGAAGCUUCAGCAUGUCCAUCAGAGAAGUGGACAUUGCCAGAAUACAAAUGCUACUGGAGGGGUGUGAACAGGGACACUAAAGUUGCAGUAGCUUUUGGAAUGGUUGCAGCAAGGAGAUACGGGACAGACAUUACACUAUGGCAUGGGUUGCAAGGGAGAGGAGACCCUUACAGAACUCUUCUCAGAGAAGGGAUCACUGCACUUCUUAACUCCUAUAACAGCUUUCAAUUCACUUAUCAUCCACUUAGUGUGGUCGAACACAUGAAUUUAGCUUUGAUGGGCUCAACUAGGAGUGUCCUACUUACUGCUCUACGCUUCAAGAGGGCCAAUUCUGGUGCUGGAAAUGUCACCUGCAAAUUCACCACUUGCAAAUAAUUUAUAGGCUUCUUCCUAUUAUUAGCACGUUUGGAAAGGAUUAUUUUGGGGGAAGUAAUGAGUUUUAUUUCAAAGGCUCUCCCAAAAAACUUUUGAUUUAAAGGCUUUCAACCUCGAAAUAAGCCAAUUCAAAAAUGCACAAUAGAAAAUUGAAUAUUCAUCUACAAGUUUUGUUUCUAUCUUUAUUCUAUAUAUGGAGGUUUGGUGUUGUAUGGUUUA